GUGCCGACCAUACCACAAAAGCGAAACAGCAAAUCAAAUAGUUAAACAACAUGGUGAGAACUGGUUAUGUUGGUGCAGUUCUUACUGCGGUAUCUCUCGUGACUUUCAUUGAUGCACAGACGAUAGAUGAUGUCAGUCAGUUACACAAAACUGUAAUGUCUGGUUAUAACAAAGAUAUCAGACCUGCUAUUGACCAAUCACAACCUGUCUUUGUCAAUGUCUCAUUUGAACUCAUAUCAAUACGAGAACUUGACGAAAUCAUGGAAAAGAUAUCAAUAGUAGGAAUAUUAUGGAUGUUCUGGGAAGAUCCAAGAAUUUCAUGGAACCCUUUGGCAUAUAACAACACAUUUACGACAAGAAUAUCAAAUCAAAAUGUUUGGAAGCCGGAUUUAAUCCUUGCUCAUCCUAUUGAUAUGACAAAGGCAAUUGGUUUUGAUCACAGUUGGUACCCUGUGCGCUAUAAAUACAAUGGAAUGGCACUUUGGGCCCCUGGUGAUGUAAUGACGACAACGUGUAACAUUGAUAUAACAUUUUACCCCUUUGAUAAACAAAGCUGCGAGGUAACUUUCAUUCCAUGGGGAUCAAGGAUAAGCGAAAUGUUCAUACACGUAGCCGAAAAGGAAGUUUCUAGAAAAUUAUUUUCGGAAAAUGGAGUAUGGGAACUUAAAAAGGCAACAACUGUUACUGGUCUAAUUGACAAUAUGUACCCUACCUACAGUGUUGUGAUUGAACUUCAGAGGAGGCCCACGUAUAUAAUCGUUAACGCCGUGUUACCUGUAUUGUUUAUGGGACUGCUGAAUGUUCUUGUUUUCUAUUUACCCGCUAAAUCUGGGGAGAGAGUUUCUUUAGCUAUCACAGUUUUGCUUGCAAUUGCCGUUUUUCUAACACUUGUUGGUGACAACAUGCCUAAAACAUCACAGCCAAUGUCAAUAUUAUGCUAUUUUCUCCUCACAAAUCUAGUUCUUAGCUCCUUGAUUAUGGUCGUAACGGUGGUAAAUCUUAGAAUUUAUUACAAAGAGACAGAGGUUCCUCGCUGGUUGAGGUCGUGUGUGCUUAUUUUUAAAUGCAAGCGAAAAUUCCGUCAUAAAAACGAUACAAAGGUGGACGCUCUAACGGAAAGUAAAGACGCAGAUGUAAAAAAAUCACCGGAAGUAGUUGUUAAAGACAACUGGGUCAACGAGUCUGACGAUACAGAGUCUAUUACCUGGCGUGACGUUAGUGAAACCGUAGAUCUUGUAUUCGGUAUCAGCGCCAUUGUAUGGCUGUGCCUGACUGCAUUGGUGUUUUUCAGCAUGGUAUCAACACAACGUCUACCAGAAAACUAAAAUAUACUAGUCCAUGUGUUUUUGUUUCAAACGCAAGCAUUGGAAUUAAUAAGUGUGCAGAUGUUAUGAAGAUUUUAAUGUAC